ACAUGCACCCUUGUCCUAAAAUUGCUUGAAUCUUAGAGAUAAACCUUAAUAUUCUUUUUUUUGAGCUUUGGAACAAUUUGCUUGUAGAUAAUGACCUUAAAUCUUCAUAUGAGCAAUUCCAAUGUUCCAUCCUCACCAUUUUUCACUCUAAAUAAAAACCAUAGGCUGCAAUAUUCGCGUGUUCUUGUUACGAGUGUAGCUAGUGAGCAUGCAGUAAGAGUUACUCCAGAAUUAUUUAGGACCAAUGGUGUUGAUAGGAAGAGUUAUGCUAUUUAUAAUGAUGGCCGAAAAACGAGUGUGCAAAAUGUGGAUCCUGAAGAGUUAAAGCCUUUGUGGGAUGAUGGUUAUGGGACUCAAACCAUUAAGGAUUAUGCUGAAAUUGCAAUGGAUUUGAUUAAGAGUGAUCAUGGAGGGCCACCUAGGUGGUUUUGCCCGGUUGCGUGUGGCAAACCCAUAAAAAAUUCUCCUGUUCUUUUGUAUUUACCUGGAAUGGAUGGUACUGGAGCUGGCCUUGUUGUACAUGAGAAAGCUCUUGGAAAGGUUUUUCAGGUUCAAUGCUUGCAUAUUCCGGCUUCAGAUCGAACACCAUUAAAAGGUCUGAUUCAAAUUGUGGAAGAAAUUGUGAGGAUUGAGCAUACUACAUCCCCAGAUAAACCAAUUUAUUUACUUGGAGAUUCUUUUGGAGGAAACUUAGCACUUGCAGUGGCUGCUCGUAAUCCUACAAUUGACUUAAUACUCAUUCUAGCAAACCCAGCAACUUCCUAUGAGACGACGCUUGAACGACCUUUAAUGUCACUCUUGAGGGAUCUGCCUAUGAGCCCCCUUCUAAGUGAUUUUGUAAAUAUGUCAAUGGUUGAAAUCAGUGAUGCAAAUUAUUCAUCAUCUCUUUGGCAUUUGUUUGGCAAUCUUGCAGAAGAUCUACCUGUUCAUUCAGUGGCAGCCAGAAUAUUACCAAAAGACACUCUUACAUGGAAGUUGAAGCUAGUUGAAUCAGCUGCUGCUUACGCUAAUUCUCGUCUCCAUGCUAUAACAGCUGAAGUACUUGUGCUUGCUAGUGGGAAGGAUAACUUCAUGCCAUGUAACAAUGAAGCCCAAAGGCUUUCAAGAUUGUUGAAGCACUGCAAUGUACGCAUGUUUCAGGGAAACGGGCACACAAUUCUACUGGAGAGUGGUGUUAAUUUGUUGUCUACCAUCAAAACUACUCAGAUGUACCGCCAUUCUUCUAAGUAUGAUGUAUUCAAGGACUUUUUGCCUAUUAGUAUGACAGAGUUUAAAACUUCACCACUGGAAAAUUGGUGGUACCGGCUUUGUAUCGGUACAGCAGUGUUUUCAACAAUGGAGGAUGGAAAGAUUGUGAGAGGUCUUGCAGGGAUUCCUGAUAAAGGGCCAGUAUUAGUAGUUGGUAAUCACAUGUUAUGGGGAUUUGAUGCUUUUUCUGUUGUCUUAGAGUUUUUGAGAGAGAAGAAAAUCACACUUCAUGGUUUAGCCCAUCCAGAAAUUUAUCAGAUCCGUGUUGAAGAUGAAUUUAUUAUGAUUCCAUACACGGAUGCAGUGAAGAUACUUGGUGCAAUUCCGGUUUCUCCUAGAAACCUUUUCAGAUUGUUAUCAAGAAACUCCUAUGCCUUACUUUACCCUGGCGGCGCACGCGAGUCGCUCCAUCGCAAGGGUGAAGCUUAUAAGUUAUUUUGGCCUGAUAAAGAAGAAUUUGUAAGAAUGGCAGUGAAGCUUGGAGCAACCAUUAUACCAUUUGGAGCUGUUGGGGAAGAUGACCUAUCAGAACUAAUCAUUGAUUAUAACGACAUGAAGAAAAUCCCUUUCUUUGACCAGAAGGUGAAUGAAUAUAAUCAAGGGAGAACAAACCUGAGGGAGGGGAUGGGAGGAGAGAUUGCUCAGCAACCACUCCAUAUUCCUAUAUUUCUGCCCAAGCUACCAGGUCGAUACUACUUUUUGUUCGGGAAGCCCAUACAAACAAAAGGAAAGGAACAUAUGCUAGAUGACAAAAAUUACUUGCGAGAGUUAUACAUGCAAAUCAAAUGUGAUGUGGAAAAAAAUAUCGAUUAUUUGUUAACAAAGCGAGAGGAUGAUCCUUACAGAGGUAUUGUUGAGAGAUUCAUGUGGCUAAUGAAUUGUGGUUCUUUAGAUCAAAUUCCAUCUUUUGAGCCAUGAACCUAGUUAUUCACAUGUGUUGUAUGUUGCUAUAAAA